AUGACGAAUGAUCAGAAGUUUAGCAAUGCACGUGCACUGUGCGAGAGAAUCCAAGGUAUCAUGGCUUCUCAGACAAGGUCGGCAUUCGAAGCGACCUUCAAUAUUUUGAGCAACGUGGAGGUGAUGAUUCGCCAAGGCCGUGGAGAAGAACUGGCUGACAUAGUCAAGCAAAUGUCUGUGUCAUCUGCAAAAAAGGUGGAGUGUGCUUCUAAGGAGAGAAAGCGAGAGUUUAUUUUCUCCUCGGCGCCUGCAAAUUUACAAGUAGAGCGUCGGAAGGCAGGGAAAGCAAAACAAUCCCAAGCAUUGACCAAGGUUCGACAACGCGCCCUUCUAUACGAGGAUAGCAAAAAGCUGAAACCCCCUCAGCUAACAGAAAUCGGUAUCCUUCUGAGACAGAGCACCUUACUCUUUCGAUUCUGCUGGCAAGAUGAUGCCAUGAUGUUAGCAACAGUCAAGGAUCUCCCUGUCUAUUCAAUUGUUGCUAAGCCAUCCAGCGAGGAAGUGGCCGUUCCUGAAGUGCUAAUCCCAACGAAAGUAUCUCAGCGAUUGUCAAAAUAG